GUGACAUUAUGGACGUGCAAGCCUUCGCGCGACUGUCAAAAAAGCUGGCGAAGGUUCCGAAGAAAAAGAAGGAGGAGGGGGGAUCCUCGAACCAACUCCUUGUCGACGAUGUUCUCAAGAAGGCCGGGGCCUCCAAGACUCCGGAAGCUAAGGAGCCCACCAAGGAGGUUCCUGCUGCUGAUGCCGGUGCUGUUGCCGGGGGCUCCCAAGCUGGGGAGCUUAAGAGAAAAAACGCCGGGAAGGGCUCCAAGCCUCCGGUGACUAAGAAGCUGAGGGGGGCCGAAGAAGGUAGGGGUGCCCCCCUGGUGAUUCUCGACAAGCCCUCCUCCUCUCAUCUGGUGGACCUGGACGAGGGGGCUUGGCCGCAGGAGACGGUGCAGUUCUCCUUUAAGAAGGGGACAGCCAUCGUCCAUGGCACCCUCGAUCCGAGGGAAUAUCUGAAAGGCGCCACUCCCCCCUUGGAUCGCUCGACCCUCGGCAAGUUCGAGGAUGAAGCCCUCGAGCGAAGAGCACUUGAGGCCUCGGUCACUGCUAGCCUCGCCUUCGGAGAGUAUGUCCGGAGAAUGGAACAAGUGCGUUCGGAGAAGGCGCAAAACGAC